UUUGGUUUUUAUUCUUAUCAGUGCGAUGUAGUCUUUUUCAUGAAUAUUCCUAGAGCAAAAAUGAUUCUGAAAAUUAUUGUUCGAUAAGUAGUGCUUCGUUUAUCAAGUUUAGAAAAUACUUUCUAUAAUCACCAAUAACUUGAGUGUUGUUCGUUGGUAACUAUUUUCCCCCUGAUAUUGGAACUUUUAAACACCCUGUGACAGAAACCAUCGAAACAAUGGUUCAAAGUCUCAAGUUUCAAAAGUUUUGACUUAUUCUACCGAAACAUUUUUUCAAGGACUGGCUUUCUAAGUUUCUAGCGUUAUUUUGAAUGAAAUCUCUUCUCUAUAAAUCAUUUUGAUGAUUUUCCAAUUAAAUUGAAUUAUUAGAUCUAAUUGCAUAUACCGAAUCAAGAAUAGAAAAUGGCCAAAACCAGUUCUCGCGUUUACGAUCUUACUUAUCCGAGUCCUGUGACACUGAAAGAAAUUUCAGCUAUCGCAGUCGUUGCAGAAUUAUGGCGUGAAGAAAUCGCACAUACUGAUAUCAAGACUGCUCGGAUUAAAUUUUAUUCAGCGAAGGAUAUUCUGCUGAAAAAGAAAAUCCCCAAUGUUCCAUCGACAGUUUACGAUGUACUGGUCAAAUACAUCGACAAGUUCAUAUCAUCAAUUGGCUAUCGUCUAGCCGCUCUAGAUACUCAUUUCCAUGAUUUUGUAUGGGACUGGAAUGGUGCUGUUCAUGAUGUUCGAACGGCCAAACGAAAGAUGCUGUGCGAUCAGCUCUCUGCUAAUGAGAAAUUCGUAAUUGCUUGUCGGUACUGUUUGGAAGAUGAUAUUAGACGACUUUGGCCACGUGUGAGCUCGAACUUCGAUUUAACCCAUAUGGAUUUUGAUAGUACUCCGAUACUGUACUACUGGAUUUGCUGUAUUAGAAACGAACUACACAAUAUACCCAAUCCUGAUGAUAAACCAAUCGAUGAGUUGGUGUUUUAUAGGUGCGAAUUUCGACAUGAGGGCUUUUGUUCCCUCGAGUAUUUUUGGAAUCGUAUAUCCUACGAAAGGCGAUCGCAUGCAACCAUCAUGAUGUCUCGGUACGAUCCCAGUUCAUUCGCUAGGUUCAUUUUACCUAGAUUGGAUGAUUUCCAAUUGGAAACAUUUCUCGCUGAAGAAGGUGCUAAUUUCAUGAUUUCUCUGCUGGCCGAUAACACGCGCACAGUUGUGCGCACAUUCGUACGCUCAGACAGAAUCUCCGUUCUUCCUACUUGGAUGUACAUUAGAAACAAAAUUAGCAGAAGUCAGUUCAUCGAAUUAAUCGAGAAAUUGCUGGGUGAAGAGUCGAAUAUGUUCUCCGAGAAGUCCAAAGAUGAAGUUGAUUUAUGCUGCGAAGUAUGGAAAAAUUCUCCGGAGAAUUUGAAGCGAUCGGCAUUGAAUGAUGUUUUAUUGAAUGAAAGAUCGUUCGACAGACUGACGAGUACAGGGCCAUACAACCCUAGACAAAUGAGAUUCCUGAUCACAGUUCUGUUGGAUGCCAGUUUUGAACAAAGGCACACAUUUUGGUGCAGAAAUUGGCGUAAUUUGAUCACCGGUGCUCGUGUCGAAGAUCUACAAGUAGUAAUGAAGUUAUGUUUCUGUGACGAAAACGAUAUAAGCUCAUUUAAAGAGCAAUACAUGUCUAAAUACGAAAAUAUCGGUCCAUAUUGCGUCAAAGCGCUAAAAGGCGGAUGUUUCGAGGGAUUGAGUAAGUUUUUGUAUUUUUGUUAUUCUGACAAGCAAAAAGCAAGAGAGCUGAAACAACAAUUGUUGAGGUCUAAUUUUCUCGGAGAAAAUUCUAUUCUGUGUUGUGAUAUUAUCCGUUCUUAUCAUAAACAGUUGAAUGCGUUCAUCGAAGAUGCUUUUGAGGACGUCGGUCUUCGUGUUGAAUUCAAAAAUCAAUUCGUUUCAUCGCCUGCAAAUCAAAACUGCUUAUUCGAGUAUAUUCGUGUAGGUGACUUCGGUUAUCUGAUGGAAUUUGUUGAAGCAUUUGUACCCGAAGAACAAGCAUUUCGUGUUUUGAAGCAACGUUUGUUCGAUAAUUUUAAGGAGAGUCUGGUCUCUGGUGAUAUUUAUAACAUGAAGGGUGAUAAUUUACAAAAAUUUCUCGUCUGGUUGUUGGAUAGUGAAGAUGAGAUCGGAAAAUUCAAGCAAUCUUUAUCAGUAGGUGAUAUUUUGUGUAAUGUGGUAUUACAGGUUGAGUUGGUACGUGGGCCUCUCGUUCGUUUUUUGAAAUGCCCCGAUAAGGUAGAUGAUUUUUUGAACUGGUAUUUUGAUAAUGAUGCUGAUGAAAUUCGGAAAAUUAAGGAACGGUACUCUGAUAAGUUGAAGGUGUUCCAUCAUUGAAAAGGGCAUUGUUUCUUGAAACUUUUUUAUGUUCAAAUUAGGCACCAAGAUAAAAUUUACCUAACUUACGUGUGAUUUUUCUUUUAUGACUGCAGCAUUUUUGAUUUUUUCAAUUUUUUGUUUUUUUAUUAUUAUUCAUUUUGUUUUUAUGAAGUUGAUUAAACCAGUUAUAGGUAGAUACUAUUUCAUGAAGCAUUUAUUUUUUUUUUGCUUUUAUUACUGAUAUUAUUUAGUACUAUUAUUCAUUUUGUCUUUAUGAAAUUGUAAAGCUGAUUUUAUUAUUUUAUUAAUUGUGAGGUAUUAAACCAGUUGAGUUAUUGAUGACUAGGUAUUAGUUCAUCAAUUCUUGUGUUCGUGCGGUGGGGUUAUUCCUUGUCCAAUCAGCCAUAUUUUUUUGGUCAAGGUUUUCUGAUUUAGUUCGAUUUUUCCCUCAAGGGUUUCUCUUCGAUAGUCUAGUAAUUUGAUAUUGAUUACUCGAGAAAUAGCCGAACUUAUAAAAUGGAGAGUUCACAUUCGUAUCUCGAUUUUCAAGAAUAGUUCAACUUUGAGCAAAUUUCUCGUCGGUGUCUUCGAGCGAAUACUUCAGAAAUUCAAAAUACGAGUAAAUAAUUAAAAAUUUGAAAAGUUCAAAAAUGAACUUUCAAGGUAAAAGCGAUAUUUGAUAUUUAAAAAUUACUUAGAAAAAAUUGAAUCGCUGUUUUCAAGAGAAUGUGAUUUAACCCGCUCCCUCCCAGGAGGGAAAGGUCUCUAAAUAUCGAUCAAAAUGCAGAGAUUGUCAACCCAAUUUUUGAAAAACUCCAAAAUCUAAUCCCAGAUUCAACAUUUUAAUGUAUCACUGGAUCAAAAUAUUUACAUACUAAUUUUAAAACAAACUUAUCCUCGGGAAUUUUAAAAUGUGGAAAAAUCGAAUAUCACGCUGGAGGAUCCUCUAAUGACCAAACAUGGUAAAAUUCGGUUUGGUGGAGUGGAUUAAAAGUAAUUACUAUUUUCCAUCGAUUUCGGAAAAUAUGAUCCAAAUUCAAACUUUAAAUUCUUCAAAGAUGCUCAAAAAAACAUUUGUGUUGAAAUAUUUGGAUAUAUUGUCGAUAUUUAAAUUCCAUCUUAGUAUAGGUUGCAAUGUUGCAUGAUACUUUUUCCAGUACGUAUUCCCAGAAUUGUGAGUCAAUUUCAAGUUCAUACCUACUUACUCGCUUAAUUUUUUAUAAAUGCUCAGAAAAAAUACCUAUCGAUAGGUAGAGACUUUGAUUUUCUGUCGAAAUUUCAACUUGAUUUGAUCGUGUCUCUGGAUACCUCCCGUUUUCAAAACGAACUGAAAUCAGGCCCCAAAUAUGAGCUCAAAGUUUUCAAAGAAGCCCAAUAAAACAUUUUUUUAAAAAUACAUAUUUGAAUUUUACUCAAAAUUCCAAUCCAUGAAGUAGGUACACAAAAAGAAGUAUUGAUUGAGAUUUUGAUUUUCUGUCAAAAUUCAAAAAUUUCAACCCAUGUCCCAUUUUCGUGAGUCCGAGGUCACGUUUUUUCAAAAACCGCCAAAUCAGGUCCCCAUGGCCCAUGGCCCAUAGACGUCCUAUUUUUGGGUUCAUAAAAUUCUUUAAAAUUUAAAAAAGAUCAAAAAACAUUUUCGUUGAAAUAUUGAGAUUUUUUUUCAAAAUUUCACUUCGUUGUACCUUGUAGUAGGGAGUAGGUAUACCUAAUAGGUACAUAGAUAUAGCAUGGCCUUUUUUCAAAAUUCCCCCAAAAAAAUCCAAAUAUGAAAUAACUAUGCAUAGUGUGACUUAUCAAAUGGAUUCAACGUUCAACUUUUGAUUAGAAUUCAUAAUUUCGGUUGAAUUUUCUUUGAGCGUAUUUGAAGAAUUUUGACUUUUGAGCCCCAAAAUUGAGUGGGUAAUUAAUGAUUGAAUUUCAACGCAAAAUCAACAAAUUUCUAUCAAUUUUUUUGUUUUUGAAUCAUUUGAAUAAUUUUGAGCUGUGAAAUAAUUAUUGAAUUCUGAUUUUUUUUUAGAUUUUUUGAGAAGGGCACAGGGCACGGGUGUCGUGUGACCUCAGACGUCAGACCUGUCAAAAUGGUAAACAUUUCUGUACAUUUUUUUUAGCAAGUUUGAAGAAUUUGGAGCUCCAAAAAUGAGUAAAAGAUUAAAUCUGGGUACUAGUUUUUUACUUUUUUUGAACGGGUUUGAUUUUGAAGAAAUUUUACUUUUUAGGCUCCAACCUAUCUAAUAAAUUGGAUCAUUCAUGUUGGGUAAAAAUUUGACAUGAAGUAAAAUCAUUAAUCAAAAAUGAAAUAUCAAACCUUCUAUUAGAAUUUCUUUCAUCUUUGAAGCACCUAGCACCUUUGAAGAACUACUUUCAGAUUUAAAACUAAAACUAACUAGGUCAAGCUCAAGAUCGAAUUGUGGCCUUUGUGGCACAAAGUGACAAAACUGACAAAAUAAACUAUAAAGGCCUGUUCCCUGUACUGUACAAUAGCGUCAAUAGCUGAAGGUUUUUAUGGUCACUAAAGAUGUGUUCUUUUUGCGCGGAUUUUGGCUUUGGCAGAUUUUCGAGAAUCUGGAUUUUGGCAGAUUUAUAAAUCCACAAGAAUCUGCUUGGGUAGCAGCUUUUGAAAAUGGAUUUUAAGUUUUUAAAACAUAGGAAAGGAAAAAGAACUGAGAACAGAGCGCCUCUCUUGAGUUCUGGCGUCAGUGACGCAACCGGUUUGUCCGGUUCUACUGUUCUACUAAUUACUAACUAAUUACUAAAGUAACCCGGCCGCCUUCCACUCAUAUGGGGUGUUCAGGGUGUUCUGCCUGCGUCUCCUGCGUCUUUCUCCUUUCUCCUUUGUCCUUUUAGAUUGUAUUUGGAUCUAUUUACCGAAUUAUUAUUGUUUAUAUUUAGCGUUGUUCAUUCUUUGUGAAUUUACCGUUUAUUUAAUAUAAUAUUCUUUGAAUUGUU